AUGGACGAUAAGAAAACCUGGAGUCCCGAGUCGUCUUCAGAUCCCUCGGCCUACGAAGGCGACAUGCACCACGUAAGACGAAACUUUACAAGACGGCUCACCGAGAGCUUCAAACGGGAUCCGAAUGCGAGUGUCACAAGGUCAUCUUUCAGCGCCGCAGACUCACAUGGCUACGAUGCUGAAGCCGCAGCGCAAGCAACAGCUUCAUCGCCUCUGCUGCGCCGACUCAAAGGCCGACAUUUACAAAUGAUAGCAAUAGGAGGUAGCAUCGGAACAGGCUUGUUCGUUGGAAGCGGGAAGGCGCUGGCCUAUGGAGGACCAGCAUCUGUCCUACUCGCAUUUAGUCUGACUGGCGUGAUGCUCUACUGUACGGUGCAAGCCUUAGGGGAACUUGCCGUCUUGUUUCCCGUAGCAGGAUCUUUUGCCGCAUACUCGACUCGGUUCCUCGAUCCUGCCUGGGGUUUUGCCAUGGGAUGGAACUAUGCCAUGCAAUGGCUUGUCGUUUUGCCUCUGGAAAUCGUCUCUGCUUCGAUCACAGUGGAUUUUUGGGACCACGAAGUAGGACUCAACGCCGCAUGGGUUGCGGUAUUCUUGAUCUUGAUCGUAAUGAUCAAUUUCUUUGGCGUCAAAGGUUAUGGAGAGGCCGAGUUCGUCUUUUCCAUUGUCAAAGUUUCGGCUGUGAUAGGGUAUAUCUUGCUGGCAGUUUUGAUGAAUAUUAUGGGCGGGUCUGACAGUCAAGAACGUCCCAACGGAAGCUACAUGGGCUUCCGCCUGUGGCAUCAUCCAGGCGCUUUCCACAACGGUUUCAAAGGCCUAUGCAGCACCUUUGUCACAGCAGCCUUCGCGUUUGCUGGUACAGAACUCGUUGGUCUGGCUGCAGCAGAAACAGAGAACCCUAGAAAGACUUUACCUACUGCGAUCAAGCAGGUCUUCUGGCGCAUCACUCUCUUCUACGUCGUCAGUCUACUGCUCGUUGGCACUCUGGUCCCCUACGACGACUCACGGCUCCUCAACGGCAAAAGCAGCGCCGACGCAAAGGCCUCCCCCUUCGUCAUCUCGAUCCAAAAUGCGGGCAUUGAAGUUCUGCCGUCGGUCAUGAACGUCGUGAUUAUGAUUUCCGUACUGUCCGUCGGCAACUCGUCCAUCUACGGGUCCUCACGCACUCUCGCCGCGUUGGCCGAACAGCGCCAGGCCCCUUCUUUCCUAGCGUAUAUUGACCGCAAAGGCCGCCCACUGUACGCCAUCAUCAUCGCCUCUGUUUUCGGCCUGUUGGCCUUCCUCGCAGCGUCCAGCAACCAGCAAGACGCCUUCAACUGGAUGCUCGCCCUGUCCGGAUUGAGUUCCAUCUUCACCUGGGGCAGCAUCUGUCUGGCGCACAUCCGGUUCCGGAAAGCUUGGGCUUUGCAGGGCCACACACUAGACGAACUCGCGUUCCGUUCGCCCGUCGGCGUCUGGGGUUCGUGGAUUGGCGUGGGUUUCAAUGUCCUUGUGCUGAUUGCGCAGUUUUGGACCGGAUUCAGUCCUGUUGGAUUCCGGCAGGAUUCGGCGAGAGAGUUGGUGAUCAACUUCUUCCAGGCGUAUCUUGCCGCGCCGGUCGUUGUUAUUAUGUACAUCGGGUACAAAGCUUUUGUGAGAACGAGGAUUGUCAGGACGAGAGACAUGGAUCUGUUCACGGGCAAGCGCGAGAUGAACAUCAAGACUCUCCUUGCUGAAGAGAAGGCCGAUCGGAUGCAUUGGCCUACAUGGAAGAGGGUUUACAAAUUCUUUUGCUGA